GAUUAAUCCGGUUUAUUCCCAACGCUAACUAUAUCCGAUGAUUUGUAUAAAAUGGCGUCAGCCGAGUUUUUAGAGCAGGCUCUGUCCACAAACGUUGAUGAGAACGCCGUUAACGCGAUAGUAGGUUCAUUAGAAAAUCAGUUAGUCACGUCAGUCGCGUCGGCGUCGUCCCAAAACAAUUACGUAAAUGUUAUUCCGCCUCAAAAUUGUAAUAUAACUUCAAACUCGGGCUCUAUUAUAAGUGGACAAAAAUAUAUGACUGACCAAAUAAGUUCUGGUGGUAUAGUGAAUAGUGUUCAACCUAAUAUAGUAUCCUCAAGUGUAACGUUUAACAGUGUACAAGCCCCAACACAGCCAACAUUUACUUCUCUGUCAUUGAGUGGGUCUCCUCUUACAAAUGAGACAUUGAAGGUGAUAUACACACAAGCACAACAUCUGGGCAACCCUCAUAGCGGCGUCACACUCCCAGUUCAAUCGUUGGCCAGCGGUUGCAUCGCACAGCCGUCGCAGAGCCAGAUUUUACACGCGGUGUCGGCCGGCAGCGUGUUACCACAACAGGGCAACAAAACAAUCGCCAUGCAGAAUCCACUCGUCAUUAAGCAGGGCACAAAUACUGGCCAAGUGGGUAUGCAGACUGGAAUGGUGACUGUCCCAAUGACUGUGAACUCUAGCAUGCCUGCUUCAAUACCUAAUGUGAUGACACUGAACAAGCCUGGAGGGCAGAACGUAGUAGUGACCACACAGAACUUAGGCUCCGCGCAGCCUGCUAUCAUCCCCAAUGUCCAAAUAUUAAACAUGAGACCUGGAGCGCCCGCAGUGGCUGCUCAGAAGUCAGUAGCAACAGUAUCACCCAGAGUGGUGAUUGGUACGCCUCAAGUUGUUGGUACGAGAGCAACUGCUCCAAUAACGCUGCAAACUCUGCAGAGUCUUCAACCGGGGCAGCAGGGUCAUUUGUUGUUAAAGACUGAGAAUGGUCAAUACCAGCUCCUGAGGGUGGGUCCCGCGCCCGCGGCCAGCACUCUCACGGCGCCGCAGGCUCAGACCAUCCGGCUGUCGACCGUGCCGGCACAUCCUGGCGUGGCGACAGUAUCUACCAGUGUGGCGGCGCCGGGUCCUAUACCGGGGCAGAUGCCGGCGCCGCCAAUCGCAGCUCCUGUAGUUGCAUCAGCCCCGAGUGUCGCGGUCGCUACACCCACACCUCAACAACCCAGUUCGACGACUCAUAUAAAACCGUCGGACAAUACCAAAGAAAAAUGUCGGAAUUUCUUAGCAAAUCUAUUAGACUUAUCAAGCAAAGAGCCACCCUCGGUGGAGAUGAAUGUAAGAAACCUGAUCCAAGAACUAAUAGACGCUCAGGUUGAACCAGAAGAAUUCUGUGAUAGACUGGAACGGCUUCUUAAUGCUAGCCCACAGCCAUGUUUGAUCGGUUUUUUAAAGAAAAGUUUACCUUUGCUGCGACAGUCAUUAGUAACGAAGGAGCUAGUGAUCGAAGGUAUCAAUCCUCCAGCGCCGCACGUCGCCUUUACAAACAUACCAGCUCCAGUGCAACCGGUUAUUGCAAGUGUUACCAAUUCCAACAUAUCAAUGCAGCCGGUGCAAAAGAGUGGCGGUACCAUAGCCGUGCUGCAGAACAUCCCACUUCACACCAAGAUCAAUGUGAACAAAGUGGGUAAAGCAAUGACUGUCAACAGCAAGACCAACUUUCCACGGUCAUCAGUAGCCUCAGCUGCCCUAUCUACAGUCCUCACCCCUGGCAAAUCCCUCCUCAAAGACAAAGAAAAGAAGUCUUCGGGGCAGUUCUCACAGCCUUUCGUCGAUGAUAAGAUGGCUGGAGAUGAUGACAUCAAUGAUGUUGCUGCCAUGGGUGGUGUUAACUUGGCUGAAGAAUCGCAGCGAAUCCUUGGCUCUACGGAGAUGAUUGGUACACAAAUUAGGUCGUGUAAAGAGGAAUACUUAGUACCGACGAGUUUAAUGCAGGCUCGCAUUAAGACAAUUACAUCGAAACAUAAUAUGGAAGAGUCUCCCCCGGAAGUGGCAAAUCUCAUCAGCCACGCAGUGCAGGAACGCCUGAAAACACUUGUGGAGAAGCUUUCUACCAUCGCCCAGCACAGAAUUGACUUGUUGAUAAAGUCUGAUAACCGCUAUGAAAUAACCCAAGACGUUAAGAGUCAGCUCAAGUUCUUAGAAGAAUUAGACCGCGUAGACAAAAAGCGGCGAGAGGAUUCUGAGAGGGAGAUGCUGAUGCGAGCAGCCAAAUCUAGAUCUAAGAAUGAAGACCCAGAACAAGCCAAACUGAAGGCAAAAGCGAAAGAGAUGCAGCGCGCUGAGCUGGAAGAACUUCGGCAAAGAGAAGCCAAUCUGACUGCGUUACAAGCCAUCGGGCCUAGGAAGAAGGCUCGGCUCGACCUGCCCGGUGGCUCCGGUGAUUCCAUUUCCAAUGGCGCUGGACACGCUGCUGCCCCAGGAAUUGCCGGCCGCAGCCAGCUAGCUCUCCGCACACGCCUGAAGCGCAUCAACAUGCGCGAUAUGAUCUUCCUAUUGGAGCAGGAGCGAGACACCAGCCGCUCCGUCAUGCUAUACAAAUGCUACCUCAAGUAAAUGUGUGCUCUUACACACCCUGAAUGUGAUUACUGUUGUCUGUGCUCGACGCUAUAAUGCGCACGAAUGGUUUCUCUAUACCAAAUAACUUUUGAGUUGAAUGGGCGAACAUGUGGAAUAUGGUUAAAGAACGUGGCGGGACCGCGAGAUAUCUGGGCUUUGAUUACCGUAACGUCCAGAUUGGUAAUUUGUUAAUGAAUAGUUGUUAUAAUACUGGUUGAUUGUUGGUUGAUUAUUUUUAAGAAAUAUUGUUGGCCCGCCAACAGUUCCCAUUUACCUUACAUGUGUGCUCCAGUAUGUAGCAGUUUAAAAAUGUUAAUCGAUUCUAAGCUUUAUCUGUAAAUAUGUAGAAUUUGGUGCUGACUUGACUAUUGUUUGCAAGUAAAAAGUGUUUAUAGCCAUAUUGUUUUAGGAUGAAUGUUUUAUUGUUAGACCUUGAAUUUAAUUACUCUGAAAUAAUAAUAAUAUGGCAAACAAUUAUUUUAAUGUAUAUUUUUAUAUAAAUAAUUAUUUAUUGUAAUUAUUAUUAUUAUAUUACUGCUGAUGUGAUCUGAUGUAAAAAAGGAGUAGGUAGUAAACUUUUAUCUUAUGUAAGACUAUAAAAUAAUAUUCUAAAACGCUGUAGACAGUUAACAAGUGUUGUUUCAAAUAUGAGUGGACACUAUUUUACAUCAGUUCAACAAUUCGAAUAUAUUGUAUCUUCCUCAUUGGGUAAACAUAUUUGAGACAUUGUCGCUACAUACACAAACAUCUU